AGCAGCCGCGAUUCCUCCUCCACAGCGUCUCGGACACGCCGAUGGAGCCGAGCUGCAGAGCACAGGCAGCCCCGAGAGUCUCUAUGCAGCGCUCCUGCCGCCUGUUGGACAUGGCUUCCAGCCUCCACCAAGGGCCGGCCCUGACAGACCUGGAGCGGGCACUGCUCUCCACCAUGGCAGUUUUCCACACCUACUCUGGCUGCCGGGGCUCGCUGAGGAAAGUGGAUCUUAAAACGCUGAUCAACCGGGAGCUACCACAGUUCGUGCAGGAGAUCCACGACCCCGAGACCUUGGAGUGGCUCUUCAGGGACCUGGACACCAAUGGCAACUCCAGAUCGACUUCCAGGAAUACGCCACGCUGGUCGCCAUGCUGACCGCGGCCCUGCCGCACAUUCUUCGUCCAGAGAAGGCCAAGUAGAGGGGGGAGGGGGGUCUGUGUCACUGCACUCUAUAUGAUUUAUGAAAAUAUGCUAAUGAGUGUGAACAUAAUGUAACUGGAAUAUGCUUCAUGCAAAAGGUCUCUUGUAAGGUAUCAUCCCAAAGCUUAUCAUCUACUGAUGUGGUCAUCCUAUUUGUAUAAAUGUAUCCCUCUUUGUGACGCAGUGGAGGAGUUUCUUGUUUUCCUUGUUUCCUAUGGGGGAUUUUCUUGGUUUUCCUAUGGUUUGCAUGCAGAGGGGGUGGGACUCAGUUUCCCUCGUGCUACGGGUUUAACGAGGGGAGGGAGAGAGAGUUUGUUGUCACAGAGGACCGGCGAGGGAACUUGGACCCCGGCCAUUGGCGUGAGAACAGAGACCCCAGAGACUGGUGACCUGGAGGCCCAGCUCAGGUGUCCCAGCCGGGUCUGGCCAGUGGGGGGACAAUGGGCUGUAAAGAGAGGAGAGGGGGCCCAGGCGACCCUGUUUACCUGGAGAGAAGACAAUGGACAGAGGUGGGGCUUGGGGCCGGUGCCAUCAGAUGCCCAGCUGGGAAGCAGGAGGGCUCUGGGCUGGAGGCAGGGAGCAGGCAGAGCCCCCCUGGGUGCAGGGGAGACUGGGAUGUGCGGUGUUGGGGAAGGCCAGGUCUGAGGCCCGGAGAGUUUCCUGUGCUGGGUUCAAUGCUCAAUAAACCUUCCUAUUUUACGCUGGCUGAGAGUCGCUCUGGUCUAGAGAACAGGGUUGCAUCAUCCCCUUCGGGGGGGGGAUGGAGGCCCCUGGGGUCCAGAGCGAGGGGACUCCCUGAGGGGGCCCACGGCGAGAAACAGGUGUGCUAAGGCUCCAAGAGGUGCGGCUCCAGGAGGUGGAGGGGCUUAAUCCCGAGAGAGUGUGGCCCUCGGGGGAGAAGGGCUGUCUCACUGAAAGGGGCACCCCCCAUGGACCACACAGGGCCAAGAGUGCGCACGACCUGCAAGUCUGUGACACUCUUCAGAGUAGCAGCCGUGUUAGUCUGUAUCCGCAAAAAGAAAAGGACUUGUGGCACCUUAGAGACUAACACAUUUAUUUGAGCAUAAGCUUUUUGCAUCUGAUGAAGUGAGCUG